AUGGUUAUCCUCGCUGCUUCCGUCUCUACACGGGGCGGCAAGCCCGUCAUCAGCCGUCAGUUCCGCGACAUGCCAAGAUCGCGCAUCGAAGGUCUGCUCGCCUCGUUCCCCAAGCUCAUCUCUGCCGGUUCCCAACACACCUCGGUCGAGACCGAUGCCGUCCGCUUCGUCUACCAGCCGCUCGAGGAUCUCUACAUGAUCCUCAUUACCAAUAAAAACUCCAACAUCCUCCAGGACAUUGACACGCUGCACCUUUUUGCCCGUGUCACCUCCGACAUUUGCAGAUCGCUCGACGAGAGCUCCGUGUUGCGCUACAGCUUUGAGCUCCUCGGCGCCUUUGACGAGAUUGUCUCGCUUGGCUAUAGGGAGAACGUCAACUUGACUCAGGUCAGGUCCAUCCUCGAAAUGGAGUCGCACGAGGAAAAGAUCCAAGAAAUCAUCGAGAGGAACAAGGAGAUGGAGGCCAAGGAGGAGCUCAAGCGUCGUGCCAAGCAGCUCGAGAUGCAGCGCAGAGACGCCGCUCGUCGCGGACAGAUGGGAGGCAACUCGGGUGGGUUCGGCUCCUCGGGGGGUUUCGGCUCCGGGCAGCAGCAACGCUUCGAGCCACCACCUACACAAGCGCCCGUCCAGACCGGCUUCUCGUCCAGCUCCACACCUGCCGCCAAGCCGUUCAAGGGUAAAGGCAUGCAGCUCGGUAAAAAGUCGAAGGGUGCUGAUCUGCUUGGCGCCAUGGGUGGCGAUCUGGCCGCUGCUGCCGCCGCUGCGGAUGAAGAGCUCACCGCUGCUGCCAACGCCGCUUCCGCCUCGCUCGCUGCUGCUGCCGCCGGUGCUCCUGCAGCUCGAGCCGCACCAACAGCGACGGCUGCUAUCGACCCGCUGGAUCUGCUCGAUCCCGUCCACCAAGAGCCCGUACACGUCGUCAUCAAGGAGCGCAUCUCCAUCACGGGCAACCGCGAUGGCGGCCUCGAAUCGCUCGAGAUCAAGGGUGAUCUUUUGCUCAAGAUCACCGACCCGGCCCUCGCCAAAGUCCGCGUGCAACUCGCCCCACCGGAAGCCAACAAUCUCGUGCUCUCUGCGGGCGAUCUCCAGUUCAAGACCAACCCGCAGGUCGACAAGGCCGCCUGGUCGUCCGACCGCAUCAUCGCUCCACGAGACGCGAGGAAGCCGUUCCCCGUCAACCAGUCGUUGGGCGUCUUGCGCUGGCGCAUGGUCACCAAGGACGAAACAGCGUUGCCGCUCUCGAUCAACUGCUGGCCUUCGCCCAACGGCGAGGGCGGCUGCGACGUUAUCAUCGAGUACGAGCUCGAGAAUGAGGAGCUGGGCGAGCUGCGCAGUGUCAUCAUCGCCAUCCCGCUGCCGGACGGUGCCGUGCCCUCGGUCGAAUGCCCCGAUGGCUCGUGGGCAGUCAACGACGAGACCAACAACCUCGAGUGGAGUCUCGAGAGUAUUGGCUCCGCCAACAAGUCCGGCAGCUUCGAGUUCAGCGUCACCGAAGGCGCCGAGAAUGUCGAAGUGUUUUUCCCGGUCGUGGUCGACUUUGUCUGCGAAAAGACGCUCACCAACGUGUCGGUUGCCGAUGUGGUUUUGGCCGACACCAGUGCGCCUACGCCGUUCUCCCAGCAGUCGGUGUUGAGUGCUGAUAACUACGUCAUUAGUUGA